GUGGCAAGGCGUGGCGAGGCGAAGCGACGCGGCCAAAACAUAUGAGCCGAGUUGUAGCUGUAGCGGCUGUAGCACAAACACUACCAAAGAGACUCGGGUACCGAAGGAUGAGAGUAGGGAGAAGGGUGAGAUCAACGGGGAACGACAGCCGAAAAUAGUUGUGCACAAGUUCUGUAAGCGGUCGCUACAAACGUCUAGAGACCCGUAGAAAUACGUCGACUCGCGUGAUAGCUAAAGUAGUUUUUGCGAGUGUUUACCAGCCCUCCACGUUCCAACGACGACAAGCAUGAUCCUUCGGAUAUUGUCGAUUUCGCUCGUUGAAUGUACGCGACCGUACGACCACGAGUCUCGAAUACGCAGUGUAGAGAGAAGAGUGAGUAGAAUCAGUUAGGAAAUCUGUAAAGACGCACCAGGACAAUUUUGCGAUCGACGCUCGACCGCAAACGAUUCGCUUCGAACGCAAGCCAAUGUGCUCGACCACCGUAAUGACGUUUCCAUCUGUUGGUAGUAAUUAUAAAAUUUGGAAAUCGGGUAGACCAUCUCGUAUACGGUAACACGACGACUAAACAACUACGACGACGACAACAACAACAACAACAACAACAACAACGAUAUUCAGUGAUGUACUAAAAUCGGAGACAGAUAUAUCUAGAGUACGUAGUCUUGUUGCGUCUCUCCAUCGCAGUCUCUGCAAUCACUUGUGUCCUAAAUCGAAUGUUUCAGUUUCUAUAAAAAGGUAAAAGUUAAAGAAAAAAAAAAAUGACAUAGGAAGAAUCGCGUAUCUGUAUGCACGUUCGCUGCAAAGAAUAUCCUUAAAAAUGAAAAUGCCGUGCACGAGGUUCUAAAGUAAAAUGCAAAUCGAGUCGUUUGGUAAUAUUUAGUGGACGCAAUACGGGAUCAACGAAAAAUGAAACCGCUUACGUUCGUCGCUGGUUUGAUAUCAUUACUGUUACAUCAAUAUGUUAACGUCGUGUCAUCGGCCCCCACGUACCAACAUGCUGCCCUACAAGCCGCCGAUCAAUGCGACUGGAUUGGAAGCGGGGGUGGUGGACGAGGUGUACGACCAGUCUACCUUCGAUGUUCGAGAGGGACUGUGAUUUGGCGAUAUGCACGUGGAGCUUUACGAGUCGUUCUAUCGCCUCCCGUUUUAACCGAAUCCGUUCCAAGAGUCGAUUCAGAUUCGGAUUCUGAAUCAAUCGAGACUGGUAAACGGGGUCAGAGAAACAACGUUUAUGCGAAUCAAAGUACGUUGACUGGAAGCUUCGACAACGUUUCUCGAUUAUUAUCUGGAUUUCGAACGUGCAUCAAAGUUUCUGGCCCUGUCAGAGUAUAUUUGGAGACUCAUGGGAAACUUCGAUCGUUGUAUACCCCACGAGAUGGUAAGCACAGGGCGUCUCACAGGUGUUUUUACGCUGCUGCUGCUGCUGCUGCUGCUGCCAACAAACAACCAGCGGCGCUAUACAUCGAGGCGGAAGAACAGCCCGUAUCUGGUGAACAUCGCGACGUCAAGUUACAAUACGAUUUGGAGGUACGACAACGACGACGUCCACACCGCGUCAUCGACGAACCUCGAGGAAGAUACAGCAUGUACAACGAAGAGGAGGAUGAGGACUGUAGGCCGUGCUCUGCCGAGGAAUUGGCAAAAGCCUACUGUCAAAGCGAUUUGGUUGCCAGAGGUACCGUGAGUGCCGUCCAGAACCAACUGAAUUUGGAAGCGGCUGAACUUAUCCUCACUAUAACAAAAACCUUGCAUCGGGUCGAAGAAACUGAAGGAAAUAACGAUGAGAAUAUCGUCGAGUUCCACGAUCGAAGAAAUGUUCGUGUCAGAGUGCCAAGUGCCUGCGAUGCGCGACAUGGGCAGGGCGAGUUUGUGAUAAUGGCUAAACGAAGACUCGGUGACCUUAUUUUAGUUUGUGCGCCGAGACUGGAGACGUGGGCGAUAACGGUCCGUGAACUGGAAACCGCUCCGUGCGUCCUUCGAAGUUAGCUUUCAGUAUGUAACAAAACGUGUCUGUAAAUAAAUUGUAUUUUCUUAAUACUAUAUACUAAUACCUAGUAUAAUUAGAGUAUAAUAAUACUAGACUCGAAUCGACUAGAUUACACUACGCUAGACUUUGUACCGACUACGACUACGCUAGAUGAUUAUUUCUUUUCUAUACUACGCGAAUGCCGAUCUCCGAACUGUGAUAUUGUUUUGUAAAAAUUGUGUUGUGCAAAAUAUACUCGUUACAUUUGCUCCACAUUAUUUUAAA